AAUUUGUUUUUCAAUUCAAUUGCCAUUCGUUUCAAUGAUUUCCAUAUUUUAACCCAUUUUUUGGUUCAAAACACAAAAUCUGUUUCAUUUGUAAACAAAAGGACAAAAAAUUGAAAGUUUUUUGUAUUGAUUUGAAAAUGAGAUGAAAAGCCAUUUGUAAUAUGAGUUCACAUCUGAAUGCAAACGAAAAUCAGAUAAACUGUUUGUCUUUGAAAUACGGAUCAAAUGUUAUGCCAAACGAGCCGUCGAUGACUGCAUCUACUAAUGGUAUGAAUGGAAGCAAUGGUUCCCACAAUAAGUCACCGCAAAAGACAAACACAAGUCGUUUCUCUUUCGCCAAAAUCUUUAAGCCCUGGAAAUGGAAACGAAAGAAGAAAUCCGACAAAUUUGAAAACACUUCCAAAGCUUUGGAGAGAAGAAUAUCAAUGCGAUCCACAAAAGCAGAUCUCAUCCAAAGAGGAGUACUUUUGCCCGAAAAAAACUAUGAAUUGUCGAACAAAGAGGUGCAGUCAUUGCCCACAACAGUGACCAUCACAUCAGGGAUUACAUGCCAGACAUCCAAUUCAACCACAGAUAAGGUGUCGACGACAUCCAAGUCUGUGAUUCCCAUAUCAUUAAGCGGUUAUCUGAAGGGUGCGAUCGCCACACCUUUGGUCGCAAUCGCUAAGAAUAACCAUCACUUCGGAAACUCAUCCAUCAAUAAGAAGAGAACGUCUUUGGAUAAUAAGUCUGAGAAGAAUGACAAAAAUCAUGUCAUUAGUGAUAACGUGAGACUUAAUAACAGUGACGACAAUAAUAUUCAUCCAAAUGCUAAAGAAACAAUACAUAUAAUAACGUCGACCACCGGCUCAUCGAUUAUCUCCGACAGCUCUUCGGUGUCGUCGAUGUCAACGAGUAAUGAAUUGAAAAACAAUAACAAGUAUAACAUAAAUAGUAUAAAUAAUAGUGUAAAUAAAUGUGUUAUGCAAUUGAAUACAAACCACUCGAUGGCAAAUGAGCUUCAGUUCAGUGACAUCGGACCCAUACCUCCGCCCCGAAUGUUCUCCGAUUCGGUUCACAACACUUACAACACAAACAACAUAACCAUUGAUUCCUCUUUUAAUAAUACAUACAAUGAAGACAACGACUCGAAUAUGGAUUUAAGUACUAAUGAUAUCAAUUAUCCACAAAUGCAAAGAACAAACAGUACAGAAGUGCCACAAAUGUCUUCUCUGCCAAUAUGUGUAAUUCAUAGUCAUUUCGCGAAUGAACCCAUUUCUGUGGCCGAAGAGGUGCCCAUCAAUGAACCGCAACUGUCGGCCGUCCCUAAGAAAAGUGCCCUCAAAAAGGCCCGAAUCACUAGCGAUGAGAGUGACGGCCAGAAGGGGGGCAACAAUACGCAAGUGCCCGCCAAUCAGCCCAACCAACCCAAUCACACCAACACAUCCACCUCUUCGCCCGUAUUAAUCAGACCUCAACCUUUGCCUCGCUAUACAUAUAAUUCCAUACAACAGAUGCCGAUGCAAAUUGUGGUCACAUCUGCACAACACAACUCACCCCUCACCGACCAAAACCAUGUUUUCGGGUCUGUGAUGUCGAAGAUUCAACACUUUAAUGCGUGUGGUUUUGGUGCCGAAAACAAAGAGAAUCAUCCCUUUUCUCAACACAACAACAGAACUAAAUUUACAAAUGAAAGCCACACUCGAAAAGCGCCGGCAAUUGUGUGCAGCACUAGUGCUGACUCGGAUUCAGAUUCAGACAGCGAUGGAAAUAUCAAUUGGAAAGACUAUUACGGCGACGACGAAGAAGGACGUGUGGCCGCAAAGAUAGCACGAAAGGAUUCUUUGGCCAUAAAACUGGCGCAAAGACCUGACAAACAAGAACUGAUUGAUAAGAACAUAAUUCCUGUGAUGUCUGAAUGCGAAAGACUAGACACACGAGAAGCGAUUGGAACGAAGCUCUCGCGUCGGCUAAGCCUUAGACCCACUGCUGAAGAGUUGGAACAAAGAAAUAUUCUUAAACAACAAACGGCUGACGAAAUGCUUUUGGAUAAGGAAAAGAAAAAACAGACUCUUAUUAGAAAAUUGAGUUUCCGGCCGACGAUUGAAGAGUUGAAAGAGAGGAAAAUAAUACGUUUUAAUGAUUACGUUGAGGUAACUCAGGCUAACGACUACGACCGCAGGGCUGAUAAACCAUGGACUCGACUAACGCCUAAAGAUAAAGCAGCGAUUAGGAAAGAAUUGAAUGAUUUUAAAAGUAUGGAAAUGGAAGUCCAUGAAGACAGUCGUCAUAUGACCAGGUAUUUGAUUCCCUAA